AUGUCAGUGCCAUGUUGUGAGACGGGCGGGAUCGAGGCUAACGCGGCUUCUGGCAUCAUCAUCAUCAUCAUCAUCCUCCUCUUCAUCAUCAUCAUCAUCAUAUUCAUCCUCAUCAUCAUCAUCUUCAUCCUCAUCAUCCUCAUCAUCAUCCUCAUCAUCACCAUCUUCAUCCUCAUCAUCCUCUUCAUCAUCCUCAUCAUCAUCAUCAUCACCCUCAUCAUCCUCUUCAUCAUCUUCAUCAUCAUCAUCAUCUACUUCUUCAUCAUCCUCAUCAUCUUCAUCCUUACCAUCAUCAUCUUCUUCAUCAUCAUCAUCCUCAUCAUCCAGAUUGAGAGCAAUCCACAAUUGGGCAGCAGCAAAACGGCCUGGCAUCUCCCUCACUUUGAUCCCAGCUCCGUGUGA